GAUUAGCUCGAAGCCUCCAACGCUGUGUUCAUGUUCUUUUAGCAAAAAAAAACUUCGAAUUUUAUUUGAUUUACACUUUGUUUUCGAGUUUUCUGGGUCCUAAAAGCGCUUUAUCGCGCUAUUUUUGACCCGAAGUGUUCGAAGUGAAUUCAGGAGAGACCUCUAUCCUGGUCUGAUUGCAAGAAUAYCGGCAAGAAGGUGUUCAAAAUGUCCCGUCGCUCGUACGAAGUGAAUGAGGAAGGGAGUGGUGGUAACAGAAGAGGUCGCCGUAAAGCCGCUAUCAAAGUCUGUAUGCUUGAUGAUUCCGUGGUUAAAUUCGACAUUCAGGCKAAAGAAAAAGGUGACGUGUUAUACAAACAAGUGUAUGAGUACCUUAACUUAGAAGAGUGUGAAUACUUUGGACUUCUUUACUAUGACAACAAUGACAAUAUGUACUGGCUGGACCAGCACAAACCAAUAAACAAACAAGUACGCGACGUUAAUAAAAUACUUCUGAGAUUUAGUGUCAAGUUCUAUGCUCCUGACCCAUCCAUGUUACAAGAAGAAUAUACAAGAUAUAUGUUUGCACUACAAGUAAAAAGGGAUCUAUUAAGUGGAAGAUUAAAGUGUUCAGAGAGUACUGCAGCACURUUGGCAUCCUACAUUGUACAAGGAGAAAUUGGUGAUUUUGACUCAUUGACGUGCAGACAGGGAUAUUUAUCUGAUUUUCAGUUUUUCCCAGAUCAGAGCCAAGAUACAGAGAGCAGAAUAGCAGAAUUCCAUAAACAACAUAGAGGUCUAAGCCCAUCAGACUGUGACUAUAACUUACUUGAUGUCGCAAGGAGACUGGAAAUGUAUGGUAUAAUUCUUUACCCUGCUAGGGAUAAAGACAAUGUUGAGCUGGAUUUGGCUGCUGCAAAUAUGGGAAUACUAGUCUUUCAAUCUGGAUCUAAAAUUAACACCUUAUCCUGGGCAAAGAUCAGAAAAUUAAGCUUCAAGAGAAAAAGAUUUUUAAUCAAACUACAUCCAGAAAUAUUUGGUCACUAUAAAGAUGUCGUUGAAUUCCAAAUGAGUAGUAGAAAUGCAUGCAAAAGUUUUUGGAAAGUUGCAAUCUCGACGCAUGCAUUCUUCAGACAAUCACAAAGCCAAAGUCCACCCAAGCACAGACCAAGAGUAUUCAGCCGUGGUUCAUCGUAUAGAUUCAGUGGCCGGACGCAAAAACAAAUUAUUGAAGCUACUCAAGAAAAUGGUAGACAACAGCCAGCAUUUAAUAGGACACAAAGCCUAAAGACGCCAAGCAAGAACAAUGCCCCACGAACUAGUCAGUCUUCUAGACCCUAUGGUGCAUAUGGUUCUGCAGACACUAGGGUACUAGAAGCUGCACCCCCCGUACAGCCAAUCAGACGUCCAGAUACUCCUGACAGUGAAGAACCACCACAAGYACUGCCUAUGCAAAAUGGCGAUCAUGAUGAAUCUUUGGAGGAAUUGCCGAGAGAUGUUAAUGGACCUGUCAUCAAAGUACAGUCGGRAGAGAAUCCUGAUGAAGAUAUACCACUUAAAGACCUGGAUCAUGAACCAGAUAUGAUGAAGGAUGAGUCAUCAUCAACAUCAUCAGUAGCUGGUCAGGAUCUGGAAUGGCAGGAAGAGGUCAURAGUGAAAAACCACCYAUGYUGAAUGACUUGAACAUAAGGUACAUGGAGCCAAAUGUUGAGCAAAGUAAUGAUGCUGUUGAGUUCACUCCACAACCCAGACCUCCAACACCCAUUGAAGUUGAUGGUUUAGAAUCCCCCUCACCUCCGCCCCCACCCCCUGAGGUGGUUUUAGKAAAUGACAUACAAGCGACUCAGGAAGAAUUCCCAGCCCCACCCAUGGAAACGCUGCCAUCUCCUCCUCCAGAGCUUUUGCGAGAUAGUCCUGAACCAGAAAGGAUGGAUGAUAGUCCUCAGCCACCACCAUUAGUUCAUACCAAUGGUUUCCAUGGUGACAAAACCACCCCUGAGCCUGUGCACAUAGUGGACAGCAGUGCCAUCAAAGUACAAAAUGGAGAAUUAUCAAGGCAUGGCAAAGGUAGUGCUAGUGAUGAUGAUCGAGAUGGGCGGGACAAUGUUUUUGAAGACCAAGCAUCACCUAAAUUCCGCAGCGAUACCGAGGCAAGCCCACCAGCUUCACCGUCAUAUCUGGUUACAUUGCAGUCGGAACAAACUUUAUCCAAGUCUACAAGUGAUGCUGGAUACAAUGUAGCAAAGGAAUUGCUAAGCACUGAAAGAACGUAUGUCAAAGAUUUGGAAGUCAURACCAUAUCAUUUAGAGAUGUUGUCAGUCCAGCUGGAGUUCUUCCUGAAUCAUCCAAGAAGCUGCUUUUCUCAACUAUUGACCCAAUUUAUGACUUCCAUUGUGCCUUCCUGGCUGAAUUGGAGGAACGCAUGGCAUUAUGGUACGUAUCAAAAAUAAUGAGGAAAAAAAAUGUUUUAUGAAAAAAACAACAACAU